UUUUAAACCUCUUUAAUACCAAUACUAGUCCACUACAUUCACCAGUAUGCUAACAAAGUUAACAAUAGCUGCGAAGAAAUUAUUUCCAACGGUCUAACACAAAAGGCACCAAAGCCCAGAAAAAAGAUUAGUGUCAGAACAAAAAAUAUUAGUUAGUGAUAGAAGAGGUGUUUGAUCAAUUAAGUACAAGUACUGUCAAGAUGGGUGUAGACUUAUAUGAAGUUCUAGAAGUGACGUCUAGUGCGACGGAUCUUGAGAUAAAAAAGGCGUAUAGAAAAUUAGCUCUUAAAUAUCAUCCUGAUAAGGCUACUGAAGAAGAACGAGAAGUAGCAGAGCAAAGAUUUAAAGAGAUCACUAAUGCUUAUGAAAUACUUAGUGAUGAAUUAAAACGAGAGAAAUAUGAUAUGUAUGGUACUGCCGAUGGAACAGGACUGAAUGGAUAUGGGAAUAAUCCAUAUGAUGAAUUUUUUGGUGGUAAUGGAGGUGCCAGUGCUGACUUUUCAGCAGAAGACUUUUAUAAUUUCUUUGAUGGAAUGAAUGGCAAUGGUCAUACUAAUGGACAUUCUUCUUAUGGUCGUGGUGGAUCUAAAAGAAAAGAAAAACCUCGUACUGAAGAUGCAGUAAUUGAUGUAGAAGUUACAUUAGAGGAUCUUUAUAAGGGUAAAACUAUAAGAACUGGAUCAACAAGAAAUAUAAUAUGUACAUUAUGUAAAGGUAGUGGAUUUAAAAAGGCUGCUAUAGGAAAAAGAUGUACUACAUGUGAUGGAGCUGGAACUGCGGCAAGAAUCAGAAGAGUUGGACCAGGAUUAGUAACUCAAGAAUAUGUUGAAUGUAAACCAUGUAAUGGAGUUGGUAAGAUUUAUCGUCCUAAGGAUAAAUGUAAAAGAUGUUCAGGAACUAAAUUAAUUGAAGAAACUAAAAUUUUAGAAUUUGAAAUUGUGAAAGGAUCUAAAAGUGGAGAAGCUAUAGUAUUACCUCAAGAAUCAGAUCAAUAUCCUGGUAAAGAAACUGGAGAUGUUAAAUUAAUAUUUUAUUGUAAAGAUCAUGAAACUUUUAUUAGAAAAGGUGAUGAUUUAUAUUCAAAAUAUAAAAUUCCAUUGGUUGAAGCAUUAUGUGGAUUUUCAAAAGUUUUAGUUAAACAUUUAGAUGGUAGAGGUAUAAAAGUUUCAACACCAAAGGGUAAAGUUGUAAGACCAGGAGAUUUUAUUAAAAUUAAAAAUGAAGGUAUGCCAAUAAAGAGUUCAAAUAAAUGGUUUGGAUCAGGAUCUAAAAGAGGAGAUUUAUAUAUUGAAAUUGAAAUUGAAUUUCCUACUGAUAAUUGGUAUCUUGAAAAGAAUGAUAUAUUAAAAAUGAAAAACCUUUUACCUAAUGACUUACAAAAUAAGUCAGAUAUUUUAAAACAAACUAUAAAUAAAGAUUCAUUACCUGAGGCUAAUAUAGAAGUUGUAACUGAUUUCUUAAUUGAAACAAUUAAUACUUUACCCAAGUAUGAUACCGAAAGUGAAUCAAACACCAAGGGAACUAGAACUUCUUCUCCUCAUUAUGAUGAUUUUAAUGCAUAUGAUCAAUAUGAUCUGCAACCAGAAUGCAGACAACAAUAAUAAAAUAAAAAAUUUAAUUAAUUAUAAUGAAAAUAA